UCACGCCUCCAACAAAACAACAAAGCCAUCAACGCGACCCCCUCCCUCCUCUCCUUCCAGGUGGCCACCCAUUAAUCCUCCUGCUCCUUGCUCGGUUAUCUGCCUCUUGACCCCGACCCUUCGCCCUCUCCUCCCUCCCUCGCGCCAUCGCUCCACUAUAUUGUUGUGCACGCACGCUUAACCAGCCCAGGCCUCUCUCCCCGUUCCGUUACUCCGUCCGUGCCCGUCCAUGGGGAGACUGUGCUGCCCGACGGCUGCGCUUCUGCUGCUGCUGCUCGUCUCCUUCGGUUUCAGCCUUGGCUCCUGCAGCUCCGACGCUCAGCAAGGAAGGGCGAACCACCGGGAGGAAGAUGCACGGCCCGCAGAUCGGCGGGUAAACCAAGCGGUACACAUCCGAGAAGCUCUACCACGACCGAACAGGUACAGGUCCAAGCAGUCGACGGCGUUCCCGCAGUGGCCACCCUGGCCAUGGGCACCGAUAACGACGCCGACAACAAGUUCACCGCCGUUGCAGGGUGCUGUCUCCCCGUCAAGCGCUCCCGCGCCGGCGCCGGCUGUCGCCAAGCCUCUGGCGGUGCCGCCUCGGCACGCCGACGAGCCCGCGCACAGCAUCACGGUGCCACCGGCGCCAGCGACAGUGGUGACCCACGGCGCUGCGGCGGUCGGAGAAGCGUCGAGCGAGGCGGCGGGCCAUGAUCCUGCAAGGCGGCGUAUGUAUGUCAUCGCCGGAGCAGGAGCUUCCCUCCUUGUGGCAAUGUCGGCGGCACUGUUGGUCCUGUGCUACCGGUCCAGCAAGGUGGUCACCGUCAGGCCGUGGGCGACCGGCCUGAGCGGGCAGCUGCAGAAAGCGUUCGUGACAGGCGUGCCGGCGCUCAAGAGGUCGGAGCUCCAGGCCGCCUGCGAAGACUUCAGCAACGUCAUCGGCUGCCUGUCGGAUUACAUGAUGUACAAGGGGACGCUGUCGAGCGGCGUCGAGAUCGCCGUCAUAUCGACGACCAAGAAGUCCGGCAAGGAGUGGUCCAAGCAGUGCGAAACCCAGUUCAGGAAAAAGAUAACAAGCCUGUCCAGAGUUAACCACAAGAACUUUGUGAACCUGCUGGGCUACUGUCAGGAAGAGCAGCCAUUCACGAGGAUGAUGGUGUUCGAGUAUGCUCCCAACGGCACUCUCUACGAGCAUCUCCAUGUGAGGGAGGACGGUCACCUGGACUGGCCGACGCGGCUGCGGGUGGCAGUCGGGGUCGCCUACUGCCUGGAGCACAUGCACCAGCUGAGCCCGCCGGAGAUCCUCAAGACGCUCGACACGUCCACCGUGUACCUCACAGACGACUUCGCGGCCAAGAUCGCGGACGUCUUCUUCUGCUCCGACGAGGCGGCCUCGUCGACCAGGACGGAGAUGGCGAGCCUGCAGUCCCUCCUGGCGCUGUCCGACAGGGAGAGCGUCGUGUACAGCUACGGCAUGGUGCUGCUGGAGAUCAUGUCCGGCAGGUUCACGGCGUCGGCGGGCGGCCUGCUGGAGGGCUGGGCGGCGAGCUUCCUCCGAGGGGAGAGACAGCUGAGGGACGUCAUGGACCCUGGCCUAAGAUGGAACGCGACCCUCCAGGCCGAGACCGUCAACAGGCUGGACAGCGUGAUACGGUCCUGCACCGACCGGGAGGCGAGGCGGCGACCCGCCAUGGCAGAGGUCGCAAGGUGGUUGAGGGAGAUCACCGCCAUGCCGCCGGAAGCAGCUACCCCCAAGGUGUCGCCGCUGUGGUGGGCGGAGCUGGAGAUCAUAUCCACUGAGGCCACCUGAAGUUCACACAGGAGCUGAGCAUUCAGGUUUGCAACAACAGUUGUUGUACCAACAGUUGGGAUCGCAGUGUGUGUAUGUGGUGUAGCAUAGCGCCAGAGUACUGCUUGUAUUUGCUUCACUAAAAAAACCUUGUAGUUUGUCCGGAUUUUGUAACCUGAGUGCAGCUACUGCAUACUGCAGCACGCACAACACCCUGCAGAAGAGACAUCCGCAGCA